AUGAAGGAUUAUGGUUUUAUUAUAUUAACUCAAAAUCAUUAAAUUUUGAGGUGAGGUGAGGAACAAUAAAGAAGCAUUAAAAUCAUAUUCUUUUUUAAAAUUUAAGUAUUCAAUUUUCAAUUUAUAGGAGGGUCUUAUUAAGUACUUUGAUAUUAUCAAUUGUAGUUUGUGCAUCCAAUUACAUCUUAUUUGCUAAAUUUAAAAACAUUCCCAGGUAAAUUUUUAGCAGCUAUAAGUCUUUAUGUAAGAAAUAAGGAAGACGCUUGGGAUCAGUUCUGAGAUCAAAUGUUCGGAUAAAACGGUUUGGCUAUUAGGAUAAUUAGACAUGAAAAAGUUUAACCAGAUUGUAAAUUAGAAUUAAUAAUAUUAUAAAGUAACAUUUUGGGUUAAGAUUUAAAAUGAAUUUGAUUCGGAAGUUAUUUAAAAAAUACAUAUCUUAAGAAUAGUUGCUAACCGGUUUACUAAUUAGCUGCAGGGUCUAAUUCUUUAUUCUAACUUAUUUUUAUUAUUCAGAAUAAAACUAUGGAUGAGUAAGAAUCUAAUAUUAUUCUUUAAUGUUAGAUCAUAGUUUAAUUUACAGAUAAUAAUGAUUCAUUUUUAAAAAAGAUAUUAUAUUUGUUCAAAAUCUUUCUCUAAUAAGCAAAUGGCAUUUCAUUCAAGCUGAUUAUGAUCCAGAUACUUUAAAUUUUCCUUUAAUUAAUAAAGUAGGGCGAACAAAUAGAUAAUUCAGAAGUGAAUUAAUUUUCAAAUAUAUAUUAUCGACUAUGUUUUGGUGGAUCAAGAGAGGGUUUUAGUAAAUAAGGUAGAUCUUUUGCACUGACGUUGAUAAUUGUAAUAAUGAAAUAUCAAAUGCCAUUAUUCAUGCUAAACGUGAAUAGGAUCAACUUAAAAUUAAUGCUCAAGUUGUCCAGAAUCAAAAAAUAGAGUUUAUAAUGA